UAUUAUAACAUGAUUUCUGGAAAAUAAAUCAUAGUUAGUUUACUUCGAGAUGUCUUUGCAUAAAACGAAACGUGUACCCAAUGUUUUGACAUUUCAUCCUGAAAUACUCCUAACCUCACUUUUUUGUUAUGGUUUUGCGGUCUGCGAUUAUAUCGAUAUGUCCGGCAAAAACAAUUCAGAUUCAUCAACUUCCGAGUCCGAAGUCAGUGCCUGUAGUUCUAGUUUUAAUCCUUUGAAAGUUUUGUAUUCUAAAAAGGCUAAAAUUCCCGUACGAAAUGCGCCGAUGUACGAAAAUAUUCAGCAGUACGAAGUUUCGUUAGGGAAUGCUAAUAUCGCUGCAGUGGGCCAGGGGGAGCUAGUCAGACGCAGAGAAGAAGAAAAACAGAGACGAAAAGCGAAGGAAAAAAGAGAAUUAGAGGAGAAAAACAAGCAAAGAUUCGCUCAAUAUCAAGGUUUAGUAACGGUACCGAGAACAAAGAAGGGCAAGAACGUGUUAACGCGAAUAGAAGUUACGGAGGGGCCCUUAGCAGCUCUCAAGGAUUGCGUCGAUCAAAGGCUUCGAAUUAAGGUAACAACCCGGUCAUCCACCUCCAUCAGAGGAGUGCUCCACGCGACUCUGGCGGCCUUCGACAAGCAGUGGAACCUUGCACUGACUGACGUUGUCGAGGUUUGGAAGAGAAAGGGACCUAAUAAGCGAAAGGUACCACCAGGUCUGGGUACACCGGUUCCCAAAGGUACAGCAGCAACUAUAUCCCCAGUACCAACAGUCACAGAGAAAUCUCUCGGUGGAGGUAUGUGGGAGUGUACAAGACAUAUACCUCAGAUGAUGGUACGAGGCGAACACGUAGUAAUAGUCAACAUUGUAGAGCGGUGACUGCUCGUCGUCGCCAUAUUGCGAUUGCUUAUUCUAGAUGUUACAUCCUGCUUUCUUUUGUAACAAUAGUAAGUGAUACCCCUAAAAAUACACUCAUACACUUACACUAAGUAAGAAUGCUGGUGACAUACAGGCACAUUGAACAUUUCAACGUAUGUCUAAAGGUGACAGGUGCUGUUGCAGUGCCCCUCAGAUCUUUCUGAUUUAAAGCUCUGAAUAAUAAUAAUAACAAUAACGUACACACUCAACAUAGCCCCGCACUAGGGAAACCAUGUGUCGCGGGUGCCAUG